AUGAAGGUCUUGAAUUUUAACGUUAAGAAUUUGAAGUCGAAGGCCAAUCACAUGGGAGAAACUAUUCCCAUCUCAUAUAAAUCCUUUCCAAGGGUGAAUGGCACUGGAAAUAAUAUCGAUGUUAGAUUUGCUAGUCUGAUAAGAGAUAUAAUUCCAUGUCCAGCUGAUGGUUCAGGAAGUGAAAAUCUUGACGCGUUGACUCCUGAAACUUGGGACAAUAGAUACUUCAGGAAUCUUAUUGAAACUAAGGGCCUUCUUCAAUCUGACCAGGAACUUUAUAGUGGGGGAUCAACAAACAGCAUUGUCGAAGAGUAUGAUAGAGAUGUUUCAAUCUUCAGGUCUGAUGUAAACCCAAUAACUGAUCCUAAUGCAGCAGGUAAGAAGGGUCUGCGUGGUGCUAACCGAUUUGUCAAACGAUCAUUUGAUUAUUAA